AUGCUUAAAAGCCGACUCCAUUGCUUUGGUGCUCGGCAGCCACGUCUUCGAACCGUGGGCCGACUAACUCCGUGCCGGGUGGCUUCUACAACCCCGCCGCCAUCAAAGUCAGCCGCAUUCGAUGAUUUCGUCGAUUACAUCUUGGUGCUUCAGAAGGACAUCCUUAAAUCCGCUGAAGAUCUGGAGAUUACCCGCGGCCGGCAGUUUGUCAUCGACCGCUGGGAGCGCGAUGCCGCCAAUCCCAACGCUGGAUACGGCAUCACGUGCGUGCUGGACGACGGGGAGGUGCUGGAGAAGGCCGCUGCCAACAUCAGUGUGGUGCGCGGGACCCUGUCGGCGCAGCGCGCACAAGCGAUGAGCUCGCGGGGCCGCGGUAGCAUUGACCCGCGGGGCGGUCAGCCCUAUGCGGCGGCUGCGAUGUCACUGGUGUUCCAUAGUGCGCAUCCGCUCAUCCCAACCCUGCGUGCCGAUGUGAGGCUAUUCCAGGUGGGAGGGGAAGCCUGGUACGGCGGCGGCUGUGACCUGACACCUAGCUACUUGGACGAGCAGGACACGAGAGAAUUUCAUCGCUUCUGGAAAGAUGUUUGCGACGAAUACAAACCGGAACUGUACGGCGAUCUAAAGGACUGGUGUGACAGGUACUUUUACAUUCCGGCACGCAAGGAGCAUCGCGGCGUUGGGGGAAUAUUUUUUGACGACCUGAGCAGCAACGAGGCGGGCUUCGACGUGGAAACGUUUGUGCGCAAAGUUGGCGACGGCAUUCUGCCCAGCUGGUUGCCCAUUGUGGCGCGACACCGUGGCGAGCCCUUCUCGGACUCGCAGCGGCAGUGGCAGCUGCUGCGCCGCGGCCGCUACAUCGAAUUCAACCUGCUGUACGAUCGCGGCAUCAAAUUUGGGCUCGAUGGCGGCCGUAUCGAAAGUAUUAUGGUUUCGGCGCCGCCUCUUAUUGCUUGGAAGUACAACGUGGUUCCGGAGGCCGGAAGCCCUGAGGACGAGGUCCUCAAGGUGCUGCAAAAACCACGUGCUUGGCAUUAG